ACCUGCACAAAACCAGAGGCAACAAACUCUAAAGAAAGAAGACAGACAAAGGACACGCACCUAGCAUCUUGCCGGCCAUGGGGCCGGAAGAUUCACCGGCCGCCGGGGAGAGCUACUCGAAGGUCCUGCAGGGCCGGUACGAGCUUGGCCGCGUGCUCGGCCGGGGUGGGUCGUCCAAAGUCUACCGCGCCCGCGACAUCCGAACCGGCGUCUCCGUCGCCGUCAAGGCCGUCCGGAAGCCGCACCACCCGUGCUCUCCCGAGAAGGCCGCCGCGGCGCGCCGGUCCGUGGAGCGGGAGCUCGCCGCGCUCCGCCGCGUGCAGGGCCACCCGCACGUCAUGCGCCUCCUCGACGUCCUGGCAUCCCGCUCCACCGUCUACCUCGUGCUCGAGCUCGCCCGCGGCGGCACCCUCCUGUCCGCGAUGGACGAACGCGGCCGUUUCGACGAGCCCACGUCGCGCCGCCUGUUCGUCCAGCUCGUCUCCGCGCUGGCGCACGUGCACUCGCGCGGCGUGUUCCACCGCGACGUGAAGCCGGAGAACCUGCUGCUGGACGAGCACGGCGACCUGAAGCUCACGGACUUCGGGCUGUGCGCCCUCGCCGACCGGCAUCUCGGCGCCGAUGGGCUCGCGGCCACGCGCUGCGGGUCCCCGGCCUACGUCGCGCCGGAGAUCCUGUACAAGAAGCGGUACGACGCCGGCAAAGUGGACGUGUGGUCCUCGGGCGUUGCGCUCUUCUCGCUCACGGCCGGCUACCUGCCGUUCAACGACGGCAACCUCAUGGGCAUGUACCGCAAGAUCUUCUCCGGCAGAUUCCGGUGCCCCAGGUGGUUCUCGCCGGAGCUCCGGAGCCUCGUCGGCAGGAUGCUGGACCCAGACGCCGGCACACGCAUCAAGAUGGAUGAAAUCAUGGAGCACCCUUGGCUACAACAAGAUGGGACGUCGUCGUUUGACAUCAUACGAGCUCCUUCCUCUGAUCCUAGGCCGGAAGUGAUGAAAUGGGAGGCGGAAAUGGAGCAAGUGAGGGAGCUGAACGCGUUCGACAUAAUCGCGUUCGCGUCGGGAUGCGAUCUGAGCGGGUUGUUUGGGCCAUUGCCGGACCGGGUUCGGUUUGCUGUAGUAGGUGUGGUCAUUGCGUCGGUGCUGGAUAAGGCUGAGGAGAUUGGGCGCGAGGAGGGGUUUGUGAUGAGGAGGAAGGAAGAAGUAGGGUGUGGUGGGAUCAUGUUUGAGGCGAUCCAAAGGGAGAUCAUCGCCAUGGUUAGGGUUAGUCGUUUGUUAGAGGAAAUGUUGAUGGUUGAGGUGGAAAGAGCUAGCUCAAGUGAGGCACCUAAUCUGUGGGAGAGGCUUCAGCAAGGUCUUAAAUUCUCAAAUGAUUGAAUAUAAAUACUUCCAACCCAAUGUAAGUAGAUAUUCAUAAGAGAAAUUAGUGAUGGAAGUGCAUUGUUGGCACAUUAUACUAUGUUGGGAAAUUAGGCAAUUUCAUGUUUAAUUUCAAAAUAUAAACCAUGAUAAAAGCAAUAAUUAGCAUGCAUGUGUCAGAACAUACUUGAAGUACUAAAUAGCAUGAAGAACAUGGCACAUGCAACAGUAACCAUAAUUUAAGAUGGGACCAAGCCAUGACGCA